AUGGAGGACGGCGACAUCACGGCCAGGGCCAAGCGCAUCGUCGAGCUCAAGAGAGAUGGGCGCAUCGCGGCGGCGCUGGAGAAGGCCGAAGCCCUCGCCGCGGAGCACCCUAGGUCCCUCACCGCCGCCUGCCUCCUGGGGGACCUCCACUAUUCCGUCGCCAUCGGCGCCCGCGCGGCUGCCGCGGGCUCGGAGAAGGAGCCGGCCGACGCGGAGUCGCACCUCCGUCAAGGUCGCGACGCGCUCUUGACGGCGAAGUCGCUCGCCCCCGACAACGCCGACAUCGCAGUCGCGUUAGCUGACCUCCUCGCCGAGUCGUCGAUGUACCUCGAGGCAGAGGCCGAGCUGCGUCGCGCUAUGGACAUGGACGCCACAGCAGCGCCCGAGUCCUCCCGGAGCCCCGUCUCCUCCACUCGGCGCGAGAGGAGGCAAUCCUAUCAAAGGGUGAUCAAUCGGCUAGUUGCGCAUGAGGCAGGGAGGCUCAUGGACGUCGCCAAGAGCGACGACGUUGCUGCAAAGCGCAAGCUGCAGGCGCUGCAGGCGCUGAAGGAAGCAAGGGAUCUCGCCAUGCGCUUCCCGGGCUCGGCGCGUGCGCGGUUAUUGGGCCCCUUCCUAGAGCUCGAGUAUAUGCUUGCCGUUUCCCGGGAGCAUAAGGAUCCUUCCUGGAGCAAUGGCGUGGAACGCCUUGUCUGCGAUGCAGUAGGAGCAGCCAAGGAAUUCCCCAAUUCUACCGCUGCUGCUUUGUUUCAGGCGCGACUUCUGUUCGUUUGUGGCAAUCACAUUGAUGCAGAGGGCGAGUGCCACCGAGCCCUUGCACUGCAGCACCCUACAGAUCCUGUGGAAGAUUGCAUUCCGACUGGAUCCAUCAGAGGAGAGGAUCCUCAAAGCAGGUUGAGUUCGGUAACUAGGCUGUUCCGUGAUUUACUUGACAAGAUCCUGCAGUCUGCUGAAUCAUACUGGGAAAACUGUUUGACAUCUGAGAAGAGGCAGAGUUUCUUGUCCGUGAGAAUCGAUGCGCUAGAGAACAAGUGCAAGAUGGUUGAACACUCGUAUGAUUUCAGUGUAUCAAGCGCCUGUAGGUUCUUCAAGGAGCAUAAGUCUUGGAGGUCCUGGGUGUGUCCCCUCUGCAGUGGAAAGCAUACAAGCACUAGAUUGCUCCUAAAGCACAUGGUGAAGAGACAUUCGCGGUCAGUAUUGCGGAGGCUACAGGACAUUGUAGAUCCGACAGUUGAGCCAGAGAGCGAUUGUCUCCUGGAAGGUUUGUUGUUGUGCAAGGACUCGGAGAAUCAUGAUACCAUCUGCUUCAAAGAAAGGGAUGAGAUGUUCAGAUUACUUUUCUUGGAACCGAACCGUGGAGAAGUAGCAAAGCCAGUGGACAAAUUUCAUCAAGACCAGCAGAGCCAAGGAACUCUACUCGUGGAGAACAUCAAGAAGAACAUGGUGAAUUUGCCUACGCAUAAAUCCGCAACAUAUGAGUCAAGUAACCUGCAAGAAAUCAGAGAGCUCUGGCUCCAGUUCCUCGAAUGUGCUGUUCUGGACUAUGGCAAAUCCAUCGUGACACUGGCGCGCUCAUAUCUUUGGGAUGAAUUUAGAAAAUGUAUGGCUGGAGAUAGAGAAGCCCUACGUCAAAAGAUCUCUGCGGAUGACAUUGAGACCACCUUUUCCAGUCACAGUGCUGUUGAUAAAGAGACAAUGAAAGAGGAAGUGCUCUAUCAAACAGGAGAAACACCAACUCUUACUGCUGACCAAGAUACUCGCGACUCCCCAAGUUCAAACUCUCAUGACAUCAAUUUGGUGGAUAUUAUCCUCAGGACAUUAUGGUGCAUGGAGCCUCUCCUUGAUGAAGUUAUGAAGACAAAGCCUAUCUGCUCCAAGCAUGGCCACGGUGAACCAUGUGUCGGUGUCAUCGUUCACAAGAUCUUACACUUGUGGGAGAAGGCAGAAGAUCACCAGCAACAACUGCUCCCUCUAGCCAACACAGUGUGCAGAACCUUGGAGGAUGACAAUUGCUUUGACGAGCGGCAGGACAGAAGCAAGCGUGUAUCUGACAUCACAGUAGCCAUUCUUAAUGGACUACACUUGCCAGAUGUUUGUUUACAACUUGGAAUCAUGUCUGAUACCAUGAGGCCAGAAACAGAAGCUUUUGUUUGCAAGUAUCAUUACCCUCCUGCUAUGAAGCCCAUGAGGCCAAUGGGUUGUGGUUGCAAAACAUGUUCACCUGGACAACUUAAUGCAGAUCCAAGCAAGGUCGAGCACAUAUGCAAACAGUGCAGUUCUGCUGCUCUGAAGGACCCAUACUCAGCUGUUGUCAUACAUUGCUCAAUGAAGAUGGAGGUUCAGCAAUCACUGGCGGAAAUAUGGGAUGAUACUCUUCAACCUCUGAUGACAUUUGAGUACAACCAUGGCACAAUAUUUUACGGCUUAGCCGCAAUGGUAUUACGAGGAAGGGGAAUAUUGUUUGAUAUGAAUAGCCAUGAAAAGCUGUGCAUGGUUUUCUGUUUUGAGAUGCACACACAGUAUCUUAAAACCCAACUUGGAUUCACCGAUAUAUUGAAAAGGCCGUAG